UCUCUCUCCCUCUCUCCCUCUCCCUCUCUCUUGCAUAUUUAUCAGCUUUUCUAUAAAAAAAUAGGCAAAAUCAUGAAGUUUGCAAGUUUUUUGCUGUUUUUUGGGCUGCUGGUUUGUCAAGCAUGGGCUGGCACUAAUCAGUAUGAUUUCAUCAUUCAAGAAACUCCUUACACCCGUCUUUGUGAAACAAAGAAUAUUCUAACGGUAAACGGUCAAUUUCCUGGGCCAACAAUAUACGCUCAAAAAGGCGAUACCAUACUCGUCAAUGUAAUGAACCAAGGAGAUUACAACAUCACCCUUCAUUGGCACGGACUAAGCCAACCCAGAAACCCAUGGUUUGAUGGACCCGAGUACGUGACACAAUGCCCGAUCCAGCCUGGUUCAAACUUUACAUACCGCCUAAUAUUUAGCGAAGAAGAAGGCACCAUUUGGUGGCACGCACACAGUGACUGGGACCGCGCCACAGUCCACGGUGCCGUCAUCGUCUACCCACAAAAUGGCACAACCUUCCCCUUCUCUAUCCCCGACAAAGAAAUCCCAAUCAUUCUUGCCGAGUGGUGGAAAGCAAACGUGAGCCAAGUUCUAGCCGACGCGCUUUCAACCGGCGGAACACCACUUUUGUCCGAUGCCUUCACCAUCAACGGCCAGCCCGGAGAUAUCUACUCAUGCUCCUCAUCCGACACCUUCACGGCUCAAGUCGAGCGCAACAAAACCUACCUCCUCCGCGUCAUAAACGCCGCUCUAAACAACGAGCUCUUCUUUGCCAUCGCCGGCCACGGCCUCACGAUCGUCGGCACCGACGCCAGCUACACCAAACCAUACGCCACCGACUACAUAAUGAUCACCCCGGGCCAAACCAUGGACAUCCUCCUCCACACAAACGCCACCAAUGGCACCCGUUUCUACAUGGCAGCGAGCUCCUACGGCAGCGCGGAUAUUCCCUACGAUGUAACUACCGCUACCGCCAUUCUGCAAUACAACAACAUGACAACGGACACGCCAUUGCUGCCAUCCCUCCCCGAGUUUAACGACACGAAAGCUGCUACGGAUUUCGUCGCCGGGCUAAGAUCUCUGGAUGCGCCGGCGGGCCUACCGGAGACCGUAGACGAGCGGAUAACCAUCACGGUGUCUGUAAAUCUGCUGCCCUGCGAGCCGGGAAGGAAUUGCACCGGGGCGAAUUAUGACCGGUUUGCGGCGAGUCUUAACAACAUAAGCUUUGAAACUGGGAACAGAGAUAUACUGGAGGCUUAUUAUGAGAACAUAAGCGGGGUGUAUGGGACGGGGUUUCCGGCGGAGCCACCGGUGAAAUUCAAUUUUACUGGGGAGAAUCUGCCAGGAUCGUACCUGUUUCCGGGGAGGGAGACGGAGGUGAGGGUUGUGGAGUAUAAUAGGAGUUUGGAGAUUGUGUUUCAGGGGACUAAUUUGCUGGCGUCGGAGAACCAUCCCAUGCAUUUGCAUGGGUACAGUUUCUAUGUGGUGGGAAGAGGGUUUGGGAAUUUUGAUGAGAGCAAGGAUCCGUUGAGUUAUAAUUUGGUUGAUCCGCCUUAUGAGAACACGGUUGGAGUGCCAAAGAGUGGGUGGGCGGCCAUCAGAUUCAGGGCUCGGAAUCCAGGAGUUUGGUUCAUGCACUGCCAUAUUGACACGCAUUCGAGCUGGGGAAUGGAUACCGUGCUCAUAGUGAAGAACGGGGAAGGGAAGGAUGAAGGGAUGCUGCCGCCGCCAUCAUAUAUGCCUCCUUGUUGACGAAAU